UCCUACAUCCCAGGGAACUCGCGGCACAAGGCGGACGGGGUGCAAACCCAUCGCACGGCACAAUCGCACUACGGACAGUUUGGAAACGCCAAUCAGCCUACAACACAUGUCUUUGAACUGGGGGAGGAAACCGGAGUACCCAAAGGAAACCCCUGAAGCAUUGGGAGUACAUACAAAUUCCAUGCACACAGCGCAGAGGCAGGAUUCGAAACCCCAAAUCUGGAGGUUCACUACCCAGCCAUGAGGCUUUUCUGUAGAAGCAUUCACAAGUCUCUAUCCCUCCUUAAACUCCUAGAACCCAUCGGCCACCGAUGGCCCAUCAGGUCUAGUACCUCUACACUAUCUCAGAGACACUGGCUUUCCACGUACGUCUCCUCUCACCAGCCACAAAUCAACCACGAGUCGGUGGACGUUCUCGGCCGCGUCUACCCGAGAGAUGAUAUGACCAACGUGACCGCUAAAAUCCUGUCCAUGGUGGGUCGAGAGCUUCACAACCAGACGCAUCAUCCACUGUGGAUCAUUAAAGAACGGAUAAAAGAGCACGUUUACCGUUCCUACACAAAUCGAUCAGGCACACCGCUCUUCUCCGUCUAUGAUAACCUCAGCCCAGUGGUGACAGUGGAGCAGAACUUCGACAGCCUGCUCGUCCCCAAAGACCACCCGAGCCGAAAAAAGGGUGACAACUACUACCUGAACCAGACACACAUGCUUCGAGCGCACACCUCCGCCCACCAGAAGGAGCUGGUACGUUCCGGGCUAGAUUGCUUCCUGGUAGCUGGGGACGUCUACAGGAGGGAUGAGAUUGACGCAAGCCACUAUCCCGUCUUCCACCAGAUGGAGGGAGUGCGACUUUUUACCAACCAUGAGUUGUUUGCGCGAGUGGAGAACGGCGAGGAUCUGUCCCUCUUUGAGCCCGGCCGUCUACGCACACCGCAGAAGCAGGAGACUCACACUUUGGAGGCAGUGAAACUGGUGGAGUUCAACUUGAAACACACCCUCACGCAGCUCAUCAGGCAUCUCUUCGGGGAAGAGCUGGAGAUCCGCUGGGUGGAGUGCUACUUCCCCUUCACGCAUCCAUCCUUUGAAAUGGAGGUGCGUUUUCACGGUGACUGGCUGGAGGUGCUGGGAUGUGGUGUGAUGGAGCAGGAGCUGCUGGACUCAGCGGGCGCAGGGAAUAAAAUCGGCUGGGCCUUUGGCUUGGGCCUGGAAAGACUCGCCAUGGUUCUGUUCGGCAUUCCGGAUAUCCGACUCUUCUGGAGCAAAGACGAGCGCUUCCUGAAACAGUUUCGUCUGGCCAACAUCAACGACUCUGUGACCUUUCAGGCCCUCAGUAAAUACCCACCACUCUUCAACGACAUCUCCUUCUGGCUGCCGGCUGCAGGCUAUACAGAGAACGACUUCUACGAUUUGGUGCGCAGCAUCGGAGGAGAUCUGGUGGAGAAGGUCACACUGCAGGACCAGUUCACUCAUCCAAAGACCAAGAAGGUGAGCCACUGUUACCGCAUCGCGUACCGUCACAUGGAGAGAACGUUGAGCCAGGAAGAAGUGCGGCUGAUUCACCAGGCCAUCGAGCAAGCAGCUGAGCAAGAGCUGGGUGUACAAGGGAGAUUCUGAUUCCUCCUCAGCCUAAAUCCACUCAAAGACAAUACAAAGAAUGUAAUUUCUCACAGUGCACACUGUUGCAUUCUUGAAACACUUGAACAAGGCGGGAGGAAUUUUUUUUUUUCUUUUUUUUUUCUUUCUUUUUUUUUUUUUUUUUUAAAGAUAUGGAUUGCACAGACUCUAUAUUUGAUCAUUUUCUUCUUGGCCAUUAACUCACUUCUGGCUACAAUGUUUGUUGUUUUAAACACAAAAUCUUGUGCUCCCACAUGCACUGUUGACCUUGAUCUCUCUCAUUUUUCCAGUUUCAUUGCUCGUAUACAGAACACAUGCAGGGUUCUUAAAUCCCUUUUCUCCUGCUGCCUGCAAUAACCUUGCAUCUGAAGCUCUGAGAGCCUGAUCUUAAAUACCUCCAUCACAGCAGUGUGUCGCCCGGAGGGAAAGGCCUUUGAUUUAAUGCAGACAUUCUGUAGACCGUUUACUCCGGUGGAUUCCAGCCAGCAGGAAAGACUUGCUUUGCACUUAUUUCUAACUUCGCAUUUCUUUUAAUGACCAUUUCAGCAGGAAUGUAGUGACUUUUUUUUCCCUUCAGGAAAUUAGUUAGACAGUUAAAUCAUUCAGAAAAAAAUUAGGGAUUAAACCGACAGCUAAUAGUUCAUGUAAUAUCACAGUUUGUUAGAGGGUUGGAUGAUUAAUAAUAAACUAAACACUGAACGAAUUUGUGCUGGUGUCUGAUUAGUUGUAAAGAUUUGUUUGGACAGCACUCCUGCGUUGUUACAGAAAUAAAUGUUACUGGCUGUUGAGAAUUAAGUUAUAAAUGAUAAUGAUUAAGUAAUUUGUGCUAUAGGAAAAUAAUUAACGACAGGGUGGUUGAUACAGCCCUGAAUCAGAGUUGAAUCAGAGUUACUGUUACUAACUGAAAGUUUAUUUUUCUUUCCAAGAGCAUGUCCUGAAGUGUUUUAUUCCUCUUAUAUCACAGCAAUUUGCCAGUGAUUACAUUUUUUCUUAAUUAAAAUACAUUUUCUUAAUUAAUCAGUUUGUAGUUACAUAUGAUGAUGUGGAACGUUCAUAUUAUCACUUAUGUUAUAUAUAAAAGAUAUAAACAAU